GAGCAAAGGCUUCUGGGCCUAGUGGGCAGUUAUCGCGUGUUGCAUCUAUUUCCCAGCAAGCACCGCAGGGUGGGCGGAUGCUGGUGCUUCUGGACUCGGGGGUGACGUGUGGCUCCUAGAUCUUGUCUCCGUGGCAGCAGCCGGUUGCAGUUGCCGGAGAGAAGCUUCUACCGACAGUCGUCAGGGCCGCAGAGCGCUGCCGAGGCGGCUCGUCAGCUAAGCUGUGCUGCUCCAGGGCAGGCACCAUGUUGCAUUCAUCUUUACGCCCAGCAUCUAGCAGUGUCGGCAUGUAGUAGGCACUCAAGAAAUGUAUGUUGAAUGAACGAUGUCUGUGACAAGCAACUGGACUUUCCUCUUUCCUGACCCUUGCUCCUAUGACAUACCUCCUGAUUGCCACUGUCACCCCUUCAAAGCAGACCUCUAGGGCUUCCUGGAAGGGAAACAGCUAUGGCCAAGGACAUCUUGGGCGAGGCAGGGCUGCAUUUUGAUGAACUGAACAAGCUCCGAGUGUUGGACCCAGAGGUCACCCAGCAGACUGUGGAGCUCAAGGAGGAGUGCAAGGACUUUGUGGACAAAAUUGGCCAGUUUCAGAAAAUUGUUGGUGGUCUAAUUGAGCUUGUUGAUCAGCUUGCCAAAGAAGCAGAGAACGAGAAGAUGAAGGCCAUUGGUGCUCGGAACUUGCUGAAGUCCAUAGCGAAGCAGAGAGAAGCCCAGCAGCAGCAGCUGCAGGCCCUGAUAGCAGAAAAGAAGACGCAGCUAGAAAGGUAUCGGGUUGAAUAUGAAGCUUUGUGUAAAGUAGAAGCAGAACAAAAUGAAUUUAUUGACCAAUUUAUUUUUCAGAAAUGAACUGAAAAUUUCAGUUUUAUAGCAGGAAGGCAAAAAAAAAAAAAAAAAAAAAAAAAAAAGCACCCCAACCAAAAAAACAAACCUCUGUACCAUUCCAGUGAUGUCACUGAUGUGCGCAUGCAGUGUUACGGGGGCAGCUGAUAAACAGUGCACAGCCUCUGCUAGUGGCCAGGCAGCACAGGGCUUCAGCUCGACUUCUCAGCACAAACUCAGUGUCUGUAAACUUUGGUACAUUCACAAAGCUCUCAAGGAAAAGCAAUAAAUACCAUUUGCAAGUGGCUUGGUCUUUC